AUGCAAUGCACAAAAAACAAGCUCCGCAAACUUGCAAAAAUUUGUGGGAUAGUUCCAGCAAGUCUCCCUUCAACUUUGCAAAAUCCUGAUAUUACCACUCCGCUUCUCAAACAUUUAAAAGACAAAGACUCUCCCGAAACGCCAGCACUCGUGAUUGAUUGGAACGACGCGGGCUUCAAUGAUACUCCCACUCAAGAUUUCCGAAAUGGUGUCGUGGGACAAACCAAAGCAGCUAUUAUCGCAAGCCUUAUGGCGCACGGGGCAGGCGACUAUUUGGAUUUGAACAUAAUUUUCGCUGCGUUGAGAUCAGUACUUGGCUUAGGCAUUUGA